AUGGACGAGGAAAAACUACUUCCCGCACCGGCAGUCAUUCAGGGGAUCAUCUUGGCCAUUCUUGCCCUGGAAGCGUCGCGUCAGCUAUUCGGUACUGCGGCUCUCUAUCUCGUAUUGCUAUUGAUUUCGGUGGAAGGGAUUUGUGGAGGACUGGCCUACGUCAAUGUGUAUUAUCAUAUUGGAAAAGAAGAACUACUCCCGAAACUUGUCUCGUCGAGAAGAGAAGAGGGCGAAAAUAUGAUGUCGUCGUGGUCGCGAGAGAGACAAAAUGAAUGGAUCGGACAAGCGAAAGAGUUUCGAAUUGGAUCGAUGGGGUUUGCAGACUCGUUCGGAAUAUUGUUGGCGUCUCUUAUAGCGAUACCUACGGAGAUUGAACUCUGUCGGGCUCAGGUGCAAAGGGGCAAAGGCCUUUGCAAGCAACUGUGA